AUGUCCGCUCCAUCCACAGCCGUCGCUUCUUCCAAUGCAGAUAAACAGUUUGUUCAAACAUUUGUUCAGCUAAUGGGGUUGUCUGAGAAUUCCUCCCCCAGUCAAUUCUACUCUACUCAUGAUUAUGACAAGUUACAAUCAUUGGGACCAAGCUUGCCAAAGUUUUCCUACAAGUUCCCCACAUCACUUGGUAACAAAGUGGAAGGAGAGAGUAGCCAGGUUAAAUUGAAGUUCAAGUCGAUUAAGCCGCCUUUUAAGAUCUCGUACGAACUCGAUGCAUCACCCGGCUCAACGAUUUAUAAAAUCAAAUCAAGGUUGAUUGAAGGAUUAGACGUGUUGAAGUCAGCUGAUGUAUCUCCGAAAGAUGUGAAAUUGAUGUUGAAGUCAAAGGUUGUUCAAGAUACGUCUACUUUGUCUACAUUGCUUGGAGAAAACACAGAAUUGUCCUUCAAUUGUAUCAUUACGCCACCGGCACCUAAACAAGUAAAUACAACGACGUCUAACAUAGAGAAUGAUGAACCAGGUGUUGAAGUUCCGACAACGCUUAGUGCUGCAGCUUUGGAGAAAAUUCAUCAAAUCAUAAAACUGGAGAUAACCGACUCUGCUAAAGCAGACCAAAUUCUCCUAAAAUUCAAGGAUAGUAUAUAG